GAGUCGGGCGGCCCGCCGCCCCCGCUAGGCCCGGGCCACGCACGCCCGCCAGGCCGGGGAGAGGCCGGGGACCGCGCGCGGGCGAGGACUGGCCGCCCGGCCCCGGGGGGCGUCCCGGAGCGAGGACCGCGGGCUCGGCUCCGAAGUGAGUCGGCGGGGGACGCGCCCACCGGAGGGGCGGCCCCGCGAGCUCUGGGCGGUGGCCUCCCGGCUCCGGGGUCCGAGGAGGAAGGUGACCGCCGAGGAGGCGUCCGCCGCAGCCGGCGCCCGGGCGGCGGGGCCCGCGAGGUCCCGGAGGGCGCCGAGGAGCCGGCCCGGAGGCCGGGCGGCAGGGAGCCGCGGCGCGCCGCCAUGCGCGGGCCGCUGUAGCCGAAGGCGCGGGCCCGAUGGAGCGGGCCGGGGCGCGGGGGCUGCGGGGCGGCGGCGGCGGCCCGCCGGGGCUCCGGCUCGCGCUCGGGCUGGCGCUGCUGCUGGCGCGGCCGCCGUCGGGCCGCGCGGGGGCCCCCGAGGCGCAGGAGCCCGCGGAGGAGCCCGGCACGGCGGCCCCGGCCGGGGGCGACCGCUGCCGCGGCUACUACGACGUGAUGGGCCAGUGGGACCCGCCCUUCAACUGCAGCUCCGGCGCCUACAGCUUCUGCUGCGGCACGUGCGGCUACCGCUUCUGCUGCCACGACGGGCCGCGGCGCCUCGACCAGAGCCGCUGCUCCAACUACGACACGCCUGCCUGGGUGCAGACGGGCCGGCCACCCGCGCGUGCCCGCGACGCCGCCGCGCCCCGGGACCCGGGCCGCGAGCGCAGCCACACGGCCGUCUACGCGGUGUGCGGCGUCGCUGCGCUGCUAGUGCUGGCCGGCAUCGGGGCGCGCCUGGGCCUGGAGAGGGCGCACAGCCCGCGCGCGCGGCGCACGGUGACCAGGACACUCACAGAACUUCUGAAGCAGCCGGACCCCCAGGAGCCACUGCCUCCACCCCUGGGCCCACCUCUGGGCAGCUGUGUCCAGGUGCAGAUGGGUGAUGGCCGCCCCCGGAGCUCUCCCAACAACACAGAUAAGAAGCGCCCCAACAACGUGCCCCUGGGGUCAGCAACACCGGGACCCCCGCGUGGCCCCAGGCUGCAGGGCGGUGGCAGCAUGACCCUGCAGCCCGAUUUCGCCAAGUACGCCACCCUCAAGGCAGGCGGGCUCAAGGCCGCAGAAGCCACCCCACAGGACUUCUACCAGCGUUUUCCCGCGACCGACCCUGCCCCGCUGACCCUCCCGGCGCGGGUCCCGCGGCCGCGCGAGGACUUGCCCGCGAUGCUCGACGCCUGCCCCUGGGCCCCGCCGGGCUACGCUCCCCCCGCCGGCCUUGCCCGGUCGGGCCACUACAAGGCCUGGGUCGCCAGCCGCCAGGCCCGGCCGCCUCCCCGCGGCCACCUGGCGGCUCAGGCCUCCCCCGCACCCCGGCGGCCCGGCCAUGCGCCCCGGCGCCAGUUCAGCGUGGAGAAGCUCCCCGAGGCUUUCAGCCCGCAGCCCCCUGGCCUUUACGGCAGCGCGGGCCGCGGACCCUGGCACCUGAGCACCAACAGCAAAGCCGAGGUCACCGUGUGAAGACGGGGACCGCUGGUUCUCCUGAGCCAUCGCAUCUCCGGGGGCCCUCAUCUGCCUUGGGGGGCGCCUUGGGCCGGUUCCGGGGGAGGAGGGGCGGCGCCCGUGGAAGGCCAGCCUUUCCUUACGCCCGCCCAGACUGGACUAGGGCCUUGGAGCCUGCAGGGCUAAGAAGGGGCCCAAUGCGUAAAGCCAGUGGCUCUGUUCUCGGGGUCCUAGGGCCCGGGUUCCUCAUGUAAAUAAAGCCUUUUUCUGUGGCUCCCAUCCCUGAGAAUAAAGGAGCCCCAGCUUGGCGGUGAGAGGCA